AUGAACCCGAGACCAGUGCUGAAGGUCACUGCUGACCACGAGGAGCGCACGGCGUUAUCGCGGCAGCUGCAUACGAACAAGCAGAAGCUCAUCGACAAGGAGAUUAAUCCCUUUGUGGACAAGUGGGAAGAAGAAGGACAGUUCCCAGCACAUAAAGUAUUUAAAACCCUGGGACAGGCUGGAUUCCUUGGUGUGGAUAAGCCAACAGAGUAUGGUGGCAUGGGCUUGGACUUCUCCUAUAACAUUGCAGUGGCAGAAGAGCUGGGAAAUAUCCGCUGUGGAGGUAUUCCUAUGGCUAUUGGAGUGCAAGCUGGCAUGACUACUCCUGCUCUUACAAGGUUUGGUUCUGAUGAGUUGAAAAAACAGUUCCUCGUACCGACUAUAGCUGGAGAUUUAGUGGCUUGCUUGGGAAUCAGCGAAGCUGGAGCUGGGUCAGAUGUCGCAAAUAUCAAGACGACAGCUGUGAGAAAAGGCGAUGAAUAUGUCAUAAAUGGUGGUAAGAUGUGGACUACGUCUGGGUGCCAAGCGGACUGGAUGUGCCUGCUGGCAAACACCAGUGAAGGACCUCCCCAUCGAAAUAAAUCUCUCAUAUGCCUGCCAAUGAAUCUACCUGGCGUUCAUGUUGCUAAAAAGAUAGAUAAACUGGGCAUGAGGUCAUCGGAUACAGCUCAGAUCUUUUUUGAAGAUGUAAGGGUCCCCAGCAAAAACCUCAUCGGUGAGGAAGGAAAGGGUUUUACGUAUCAGAUGUUGCAAUUCCAAGAAGAGCGGCUGUGGGGAGUAGCCACUGUCCUGACACCGCUGGAAACUGUAAUACAAGAAACUAUUGACUACACUCGCCAGCGGAAACUGUUUGACCAGUCCGUCCUGCACAACCAAGCCGUGCACUACCGCCUGGCCGAGCUGGCAACCGAAGUGGAGCUCCUGCGCUCGCUGCUGUACCGCACCGUUGCUCUCUAUGUGGAAGGCAAUGAUGUGACAAAAUUUGCUUCCAUGGCUAAGCUAAAGGCAGGUCGUCUGGCCCGUGAAGUGACUGAUAGCUGUCUCCAGUUUUGGGGAGGAAUGGGAUUCACCAGCGAGGUUCUGGUGAGCAGGUUUUACAGAGACUUGAGAUUAAUGUCAAUAGGAGGUGGUACAGAUGAAACCAUGCUUUCCAUCAUAUGCAAAUACAUGGAAACACUUCCAAGCAAGUGACACAGAUCCACUCUUCCUUGAAAAUUAAGCAAGAGCAUGGCUUGUACUGCACACUGAAGG